GUUGCGGGGUACAACGGCAUUCUACAUAUAGGUAGGUAUGUAUGUAGGUAAAUAUAUAUGACUUAUGCAAAAAUUAGAGAUUAUCAUAUAUAAAAUCAACAUUUCCAGGGUUAAAUACUCAAACACCAUUGUCAACUAAACCGAAUCCACACGAUGGGCGCCCAGCAGUCGUCUUACGCGGACACUGCGGCAAGGAACAAUUCGCCUAGGAAAGCAGACUACUACGAAUUACUUGGUGUUGACCGUCAAGCCAGCGAUGACGAGAUCAAGAAGGCAUAUAGAAAAAAGGCUCUGGAGUUACACCCGGAUCGAAACUACGGCGAUGUCGAAAACGCGACGCAGAGAUUCGCUGAAGUCCAAGCCGCCUACGAAGUCCUUUCCGAUCCGCAGGAGCGCGCUUGGUACGACUCUCACCGCGAUGCCAUUCUCCAUGGCGAGGACCCGGCUGAUGAUGGGGCAACUCCUGAAUAUCACAACGUUCGCCUAAUUAGCGCCGACGAAAUUUAUAGAUUGAUUGGCCGCUUUAACAAAAGAAUCCCCUUCGACGAUUCCCCUCGCAGCUUCUUUACCAUCUUACAGGAUACGUUCGACAGGAUAGCCCAGGGAGAAAUCGCAGCUAGCGAAUGGGAUGGUCUACCACCCACCGAAUACCCUCCCUUUGGUACAUCUGAGGAUGACGAUAUAGUCGCGAAGGCCUUUUACAACAGGUGGUCCAAAUUUUCUACUAAGCUUGGGUUUGCCUGGAAGGAUAAAUGGCGACUUUCAGAUGCGCCGGAUCGGAGGGUGCGACGCCUUUUGGAAAAGGAGAACAAGAAAUUCCGAGAGGAUGGCAUACGCGAAUUCAAUGAUGCCGUUCGGUCCUUAGUUGCUUUCGCUCGCAAGCGCGAUCCCCGUCCCGGUUCUAACGCCCAGUCCGAGGCAGAGAGACAGAAGAUUCUGCGUGACUCGGCUGCUGCACAAGCUGCCAGGUCGAGAGCCGCAAAUCAGCAGAAGAUGAACGAUCCUUUCGCCAUUCCCGAGUGGGUCCAAUCACAGGACCAGGAAUUGCACCAAGGGGAAUUCUCCGAGACCGACGAAGAAUCCGAGGUCGAACACAUAGAAUGUGUAGUGUGCAAUAAGACAUUCAAGAGUGAGAAGCAAUACGAAGCCCACGAGAAGAGCAAGAAGCACUCGAAGGCCGUUCAGCAGCUUCAAAGGCAGAUGAAGAAGGAGAAUGCAAGCCUUGAUUUAAACAAGGAGACUCCGACAUCGAUGUCAGAGAUACCGGUCGUGGAUGCCAAUGACGAAGAGGAUGAGAAGGUUGACGCCAAGAGUAGCACGCUCGGCAUCACGCAGACGGACGCAUCUAGCCGAACCGAAGUAGCUUCUAGAACUGAUACAGAGCCUGCAAGCUCACGUGUCACAACGGUCGACUCGGAGGAUGAGAGCGAACAUGACGACUAUGCCUCGAGAGAUGUCAUCGAAGAGCGUCUUGUCUCGGAGAAGCAAAGAGAAUCUGACCCUUUGCGGGGCGAUGGGGAAAGCUCCAUUGAAGAUGUUGUCGAUGGAGUAGAAGAUAUCUCACUCGCGAGUAGUGAACCUACCAAGAAGGUGGGCAAGGCAAAAGCCAAAAGGGAGAAAAAAGCUGCUCGUCAAGCUACUUCGAGGCAGCAAGACGACACGGUAAGCUGUCGCAAAGAUUUUAUCCGGCCAGCUCGACUCAGGUGACAUUAGCUAAUUUCCACGGGAGUAGAAGUGCACGGCCUGCGAUAACACAUUCAAGUCGAGAACGCAGCUUUUCAAACACCUGAAGAAAACUGGCCAUGCGGCCACAAAGAUCGUCGCAUCAAACUCGAACAAGAAACGGCGCUAGAUGAUUGUUACCAAAUGAUCCAGAAGUUUGUAUCGAUAUACCGUCUAAUAACCCAGCAAUGGAAUCAAUCAUUUCCCCCGCCAGCCCCAACAUUUGCCCUCGUAUCUAAUGGCUUGGCGACAAGAACGUGUUACUCGAUGGUUUCCGUUUUGCAACGACCCCAGAGCCGAAGUGGGCUACUUCUGGGGCGGUAACCUGCCGUUGCUUGCCAAAUUCCCGUG